AUGUCAGAAAAUGAGCAAGACUCAUCUGUCCUCGGGAAAAGGUCGCGCAAUGGGCAAGAUGUCGCAGAGGAUGAACCAAUGAAGACCGAGGACAGAGAAGUCGCGAUGGCUGGUCAGGUUCACGAGGAUGAUGAUGAAGACGAUGAUGAUGUUGGCCCAAUGCCCCUGCCCGCAGAGGCCAACGGGAACGGUGCAGCGAAGAAGAAACGCAAAGUGCUCCCGCACGAGAAGCUAUAUCUCGACCAUUUGCCUGGUGCAGAUCGAUAUUACAAGAGUUUUAUGCAUAGGGAUAUCAUCAAUUUCUGCGUCAUGACUAGAACCGACUUCCUCAUCACUACCUCCGUCGACGGCCAUUUGAAGUUAUGGAAAAAGCAAGAACAAGGCAUUGAGUUUGUGAAACAUUACCGUGCCCACCUUGCACCAGUUACAAGUGUGUCUGCAAGUGCAGAUGGUCAGCUGUUCGCAAGUGUUGCAGAGGACGGCACCGCCAAAGUCUUUGAUGUCAUAAACUUCGAUAUGAUCAACAUGAUAAAGUUGGGAUUCACACCCCAUGCAUGUUGUUGGGUUCAUAAACGGGGGCAGGCGCGUGGGAUAUUGGCAGUCUCAGAACGAGACACCGGUACGAUUCGCCUCUAUGACGGCCGAGGUGACGGAAAGCCGCUGGAGACAAUUGAUAAAUUGCACCGGUUCCCAGUACAUAUAAUGACGUAUAGCGAUAGAUAUGAUACAGUCGUAUCCGCAGAUGAAGGUGGAUUCCUCGAAUAUUGGCGACCGUCUGAGCCAUUCGAGGUGCCAAAAGAUGUGGCUCGCCUAUGGACAUUCAAAAGUACUACUGAUCUCUACGAGUUCAAAAAGUCAAAAUCCACACCAACAUGCGUCACACUUUCGCCAGAUUCUUCCUCUUUCGUCACCUUCUCGCUUCCUGACCGCCAGAUCCGCAUCUUCUCCUUCUUGACCGGCAAGCUAACACGUAAAUAUGAUGAGUCGUUAUCAGCGAUCCAGGAGAUGCAACAAGCCGGCACUGCGAUAUACAAGGUUGAGGAUAUGGAAUUUGGUCGGCGUUUGGCGGCAGAGCGAGAGCUUGAACUUCCAGGUCCUGAUGGAAGUGUACCUGGCCGAUGGUGCAAUGCAAUCUGGGACGAGAGCGGUGCAUUCGUGAUCUAUCCCACUCUAUUGGGAAUAAAAGUUGUCAACACUGUCACGAAUCGAGUUGUUAGACUACUGGGAAAGGACGAGACUGUACGGUGGAUGAACCUGACCCUGUACCAGGGAGCUCCCGCAAGGAGGGGCUUGACGACUGCGGCCGCUGCCGCUUCCUCUAAUCCUUUACUAGCGGAGAAAGCUGUCAGAGAUCCAACACUUGUCUCCACUGGUUACAAGCGUCAGCGAUUCUACUUGUUCACCCGCUCCGAACCAGAGGAUGAUAAGUCCGGGGAUCGUGAUAUUUUUAACGAGCGGCCUACCCGCGAGGAGCAGACAAUUGCGUCAUCCACUCCGGCGCUGGGUAUGGGCGGUCCAUCUCCGCUGGCGAAUGCCGCAACUAUUCAUACGACCUUGGGUGACAUGCAUAUGAGGCUCUUCCCUCAGCAAGCACCGAAAGCCGUGGAGAACUUCGUGGGCCACGCGCGGAGCGGCUAUUUCGAGGGGAUCAUUUUUCACCGAGUAAUCCCGAAGUUCAUGAUCCAGACAGGCGACCCGCUGGGCGACGGAACUGGGGGGAUGUCGAUUUGGGGUAGGGAAUUUGAGGACGAGUUUUCGGACGACUUGAAACACGAUAGGCCGUAUACGGUCAGCAUGGCUAAUGCUGGGCCAGGUACGAAUGGAUCGCAAUUCUUCAUUACUACGACUGCAACCCCUUGGCUGGACAAGAAACACACCAUCUUCGGCCGAGUUUUGUCCGGGCUGGAAGUUGUUCAUGCGAUAGAGAAUGUCAAGACGAAUAAGCUGGAUAAGCCGUAUGAUGACAUUAAAAUCAUCAACAUUGAUGUAGAAUAA